AUGAAAUCCAUUACAAUAUUUCUUUAUUUUUUAUUAAUUCUCUUUGUUCAAAUUGAGCAACAACAGGCUAUUCCAACAUUUCUUUUAUCACUAGAAGAUUUUCAAAAAUAUCCACCAGCAUGGUAUGAAACAGUCAAUGAAAAUGAAGAAAGACAAGAGAAUGAUCCACUCACUCAUUAUUAUAAACGUUUUGUUAAUGAUUUAUCAGUGCCACAUCGACAACGACGAUUUGGAAAUACGAAAUAUGGCCGAAGUUUGAUCGAAUGA